UUGCAGCUCAGUCUUACUAAUCUUUUACAAUGAUGUGUCAUACUGGCCCCCCCCCUCCCCCUUCUGUUUGAGGCCAAGCUUCACAAACCCCCUUCUUGCAAGAGGACAAGCUCCUCAGGUCACCCAUGUUCAAAUUAAUCUAGCCAAUCUGGUUGUCAUCCUAAGGGUUGGUAACUCAAGCCUGUUAUGAGUCCAUAGACUGGAGCAUCAGUACUCAGACUUUACCAUGACUCGGCUGCUAAGAACCAGUGAAGGUAACAACUAUUGGUGACAGAGUAAUGGCAUAACCUGUGAGACGGCUGUUGGACACGUUGACAGCUGAGGGUCAGGACAGCUGCGCAGGAUGGCGGCGACAUGCAUCAUGAAGCAGGUGGAGGAGCGUCAUGUGGCCAACGAGAUCACCAAGUGCAUCUGGUCGCCCAAGAUGGACCUGGUGGCCAUUGCUAACAUCAAGGGUCAGGUGGCGAUGCACAGGCUCUCGUGGCAGCGGGUGUGGGUCAUCAGCUCACCGGGAGAAGGGGUCAAGGUCACAGGGCUGGCGUGGCGACCUGACAGUAAGAUCCUGGCUGUCGGCUACUCAUCUGGGGAGGUGGUGCUGGUGGACAUCGAGGACAGCAGCUCCGUGCACAGGCUGAACGUGAAGGCCGAGGUGACGUCCCUCAGCUGGGCCGCCCACAUGCCUGAGGAACCCACCAAGGAGGACACAAUAUUUCAGGACACCUCCGACAGCUACCUUCCCCCAUUGCCGUCCCUCUCCAAGACUUACACAGGAGGCACCGGGGAGGACCAGGAGGAGGGCUGGCAUGAGGGGCGCCUGCUGAGGGACCAGACCUGCCUCACACUCCUCACGGUGGGCACUGCCGCUGCUGCUGUCCACCUCUACGCCUUUGGCCUCUUCCACUGUGCCACCGUGGAGCUUGGCGACACAGUGCCAGGUGCAGGGCCAGUACUGGAUGCCACACCCUCCCAUGACCUGCAUUUGCUCAGCUGUAUGUUAGAGCGGCAGGCUGGGGCAGGGCGAGAGGUGGUCCAUGCCACGGUGGAAACCUUUGUGCUGUCCUGCCGCCACCGAGAGCUGCAUGCCCUCGCCCGGCGGUACGGCCAGAUCCUGGGGCUGAUGAGCUAUGCCAGCCACACCCUCACACUACUUGAGGAGGCCUGGGAGAGCAUCUUGCUGGAGCUUGACCACAAACUGGCCGAUUAUGCUCGCAUGGUGCCCGAGGGAGGUGUGGCAGACUUCCUGGAGCUCCUGGUGUUUGGCCGCACCUCCUCGGAAUUUGAGGUUUUCCUGUCUAAUGAACUGACUGAAAAGGGCCUGAAAAAGCUGGGCCACUCCAUUGAGCUGAGCUACUCCAACAUCCAGAAACUGGUGUUGAGAAAUGUACAGGCGGUGGGCCAGGCGUUGGUGCACCAGCUGAGUGCAUUAAUGGGUCUGGCUCGCUGCCAUGACCGCUUUGGGAUGCUGGGGGUGGGAGUGGAGGAGGAGGCGGUGGGGCGGGCUGUGCAGGAGGCCGGUGCUUUUGUUCUCAAGGCGGUGGAGCUGCAGCAGGUGAUAGAUGCUGCCAUGACCACCUUCAAGGCAUUCCUGCGCUGGCUGUACGUGGUGGUGCAGCGGGCGCGGGGCGAGGCCGUUCCGGAGGACAUGACCCGUGGCACCCAGCAGGACCUCACCUACAUCGCAGAGUUCCUCCAUGAUGGCCUGGAGGACACCCCCACCAACCCUGCUGCUGCACAGGGCGAGAGGCGGCCACGGUUUCGUCUGGAGCGUGUUGGCCAGUACCUGAAGGAUGCGCCGCUCUCCUGUCCUCCAGAGUCUGGCCCCAACCCCUGGGUGGCCUUCCUGGAGAAGCACCCGACCCUGGCCACACACCCCAUCAUCUUCCCGCACCACCGCGACCGCUCCCUCAUGCAGGAACGCAACAACCUGGCCAAUGUGUUGGAGGACAUGGCCAGCCAGCCCGCCCGCGUGAUCAGCGAGGCGAUCAGCGUGGCCUCCUGGGUGCCCAUCGUGGGGGUAGAGGAGGGUGCAGCGGUUGGGGUGAGUCAGAUAAGCUGCCCAAGAGACUCUGCCGUCUACACCGUGGUGCUGCCCAGCCCUGGCCAGUCCACGCUCUACUUGGCCCGUUGGCCCACCACGCCUGAGUCUCUGGUCCGUGCCCCGUUAGGGCAGAGACCUGCCCACCAUGUGGAGGCUAUGCCUUUUGUGUUUUCACGACUGGAUGGUGUGCGGAGUGGCUCUCAAGAUCAGACGCCUGCCAACUCCCUGCUAAAGCUCAUGGGUGCCCAAUUCUACACUGAGGAAACUCUGUCCGUCCUGGCUCAGGACCCGGCUGACCCCCGUGUGGCUCUCUUCAUCCAGCUCUGGGUGUUGGCUGCAGCAGGAGAGCUCAAACCACUUGCUAUGUGUGGAGACCGACCCCUUGCCGAGGCCGGGAUCCCACCCCGUGAUGCUGCAGCGCUGGUGGACGCCAGUGGCUUUCGGCGGCUGGAGGGCGGCCCACUCGCUUCCUUGGCUGUGUCAGGCUCCAGAAAAGUUGCUCUCCUCCUCUCAGAGAACAGACGACGUGUAAGGCUGUUUGAAAUGGAGGUGGAUGAAGAUGACGAUGAUGACGAGGAUGAGGACACUGCUGCCCAGCACGAGUCCAUCAUGAAUGCCUCGGGUGCAUCCGACGAUCAGGCCGAUGCUCUGUAAUGUAAGGACAGUUAAAAAUUUUGUAUAAAUAAACAAACAAAUUUA